AUGGACUACGAGUUCGAGUUCAAUCAGUUUCCGGUCUACCUGGCCAUCGUUCCCUGGUUCUACAUGACUCCCAGCCUCUUCAUCAUUCUCCGAAUAUUCAAAGUCUACUGGAAAUCCAACUGGACGAGGCCCGAACCCGGAAAGAAUCAGCACGUUUUCCUGGUGAUCUCGUUGUCGCAGUUCACGUGUUUCGCCUUCUUCGUCUUCGAUUUCCUCAUGCUCCGUCUGCCUGCUACCGGCAUUUUCACCGCGAAAAUUGCUGCGAUGGAGCCGAAUCAGUGGCUGAAAAUGAUCUUCUUUUUCACUUUUUAUAUCAAUUACUCGGCGAUGCUUUUUCCGUUUUUGAUGCCGGUCAUUCGGCUGAUGAUUGUCAUGUUUCCCAAAGAUCACAAAAAGGUGAGUGACGAGUAAGAGAAUGUCCUUUCUACUGAUCGUCAAGAAUUGCCUCAAACGUAUGGACUGUGUAAAACUGUAAACAUUCAGAUCAACACCUACCUGGUCCGAAUCGCCGUUCCGUCCAUCCUGAUGUACCCGAUCUGCUUCACUUUCUUCUUGAUUCCGGCCGUCGGCGUCUGCAAACAGAUCGGCUAUCCGUAUCCGUUUGGCGCCAUUUGGAUAUACUACGCGGGAGCGGCAUUCGGGGUGAGUUCGGACACUGAGCAUGGGGUUUGUGUUUGUGUUUGCAAUUAACGAGAACUAGAGCUCAAAAAACAUGCACACCUUAUAAUUUGUGUUCUCUGUUUCAGCUGCGCAACUCCUACUUCUACCUGUACAACACGUUGUUCUGGAUGAUCGCCUCCAUCCUCGCCAAUGUUCUCCUAUUCUUUAAAGUUUCGAAAGCGAGAGCCAAAUUGAUAAGUCUGCAGAAAGGGAGCGUCUCGCACAGAGCGGAGACCUCGAUCACAGUGACCACACUCUCCAUGAUCGCCUUUUACGUCACCAAUGGACUUUUCGUGGUCAGAAGAAUGAAAGGAGCGGUUCCCUCUCCUCAUCGUAACCUCUUUUCAGUUGAUCUACGUUCUCUACUACGGUACCAGUCGUUACAUGUCCUUCACGACCAUUCUGAGACCGUUCGGCAAUGACAUGCAGACGUGCAUCGUCUCUUUGGUCUUCUACAAAACGCAUCCGGCGUUCAGGGAGCCGAAGACGACGGAAACUCUCGUAUUCUCGACGAGUUCUUUCAUGCGACAACUGAGAUCCACUUCUUGA